AUGCGUCCAGUCCCUGUGGAAAAGGACGGCCGUACUGAACGGGAAAAGGCCGACCCCACGUACAGGCCCUAUGUCUCUAUAUGCACGCAGCUCGAAGACGUGCCGCAACUAGAAGAAGGUAAAAGCUUUGAACAUCAGCUCUUCGGAUUCGACACGGUUUCAUAUGCCAAGUUCAUGCAAGAAUCAUGGUGGGAUGACGCCUUCAUAAGGUUUGGACACCAAGCGCUCAAGAUACCCAUCCAUUCCACAGAUCCUUCCUCCCCAUUCAAAACCACUGCAAGACAGAGCGACUCGUUCGGGGAUUUCGCUCCAUUUCUUACGUCGGUCAUCCGCAGCAGAGCUGCACUUUCCUUCAUCGUCAAUUACGCCAUGCCGAGGCUGCACGAACAUCGGCAGAUAUCCAUCUUGCACUAUCUGGCACUGUUGACGCGUGACGUCGCAACAGCUAAACUCAUGCGCAACAGGCUGCACUAUGAGAAGCGGACGUGGCCCAACAGACUCCGUGCAAUACGUGACUUGCGCGACAAGUCUACGGAGAGCUUCAACACAGCCUGGGAUGGUUGUAUCGAGGUAUUGCAACGUCCUCUGGCUCCAAGUACUGUCGACGAUUUGGAUGAAUUCAUCAUGAAAGUCCAGGAACUAUUGGCAAACUUGACGGAACUGAAUCGGUUGCUGGGCAUAGAAGUUCAGUAUUCUCAAGCUCUCGCUGCCCAGUAUAUUCUGAAGACCCCGGAAGCACGAAGAAAGAUCCACCGAAGAUAUAUGAGAUUCCUCCGGGAGAACAUGGUGCAUAUGAGAAAUUCUAUCGCUUAUGUGGUAGAAACAAUUGCGUCCGACCACGAACAGGACGGCCGACUGGUAUGGAAAACCAUCGCUGCACCGUGGGAGGCCCGCUUCGAAUACAUGCUUGAGUCAAACCCCGCGGCUCUCAACGCUCUCGAGGAAUCUGACGCAGAGACGAUAAACGACUCUAUUGACGGACUAGCCAAUCUCAGAAAAUUUACACUGCAGACCUGUGUUGACCUGCUCAGUACCUCGAGUCAUCUGGAAAAUGUUUUGCCCAUCCUCGAUGACCAGUACAUUGACUUCCCGAUCGCGACCGCACCGACAGGUCUUUUCCCAGGGGUCCCGAUCGCGAUGCAGAUGAUGGAGCUGUCGAAGAUCGUGGAAAAGAGAGCGGUCCACGAUAUAAUACGCCUCAAGAACCCGGGACUCGACCAAAUCAUACAGCAGUGGAUCAAGAUCCUCCACACGCACGCCGGACUGUCGGAGCGCGUGCGCCGGGUCGGAGAAGCCGUCCACUGGGAAAGGGUCAAGGCCGAAAUCAAAGCAGUCACGAUUGUCCUGUUCCAGGCCAAGCGGCGUGAAGUUGAGCCGACCGGACCCACCCUCAACGGGCGCCACCCGCGGGAUCUGCUAGUGGACGCAAUGAGAGGUCAAGUCAUGCUUAUGCUUGGGGAUCACGAGCCCUUGAGGGUGUGGCUGAGAGAGGUUUGUAUCGAAGAGCAGGAUGAGGAGGAGUUUGACACGAUUAUGCGCAUGGUAUAUCGGGGACCAGCCUCCCAGGGACCGCCCGCCCAGGAACCGGCCUCCCAAGGACCGCCCUCUCAGGGACCGGUCUCCUAG